AUGCACGCUUAUCGAACGCUGCCGUUUGUGUUACUCUUCUGCUCUGAGUUCCUUGCAAAGUCGACUUCGGCGUGGUCUGGCUUGGUGACAUUCUACGAGGACGUAGAGUUCGAUGGCGCCAAGUACGAGUGGAAUAUCACUGAGACGCAGCUCUGCUACAACCUUGCGUGCUUCGAUAAUAAAGCCUCAUCCGUCAAGUGGGAGGGUCUCCCGAAGAUUGGCGGCUUCCACGGCAAGUCGCGCAUUGCCUUCUUCACCGGACAAGACUGCAGCGGGAAAAGUCGUAACUGGCCUACCGAUGGAGUCGUCAACGGUAAGAAGGACAACUAUCCGAUGGAUUUUAGUCUGGAUGGUAUCAACGACGCAGUUUCGUCGUUCAUUAUCUGGGAGGACAACAAGAAGCUCACGAACGGCAAAGAAACGUGCUCGUGGAAAUAA